AUGAUGUAUGCUUUGUAUAGAAUAAUGUAUGCCUUGUAUGGAAUGGUGUAUGCCUUGUAUGGUAUGGUGUAUGCCUUGUAUAGAAUAAUGUAUGUCUUGUAUGGUAUGGUGUAUGCUUUGUAUGGUAUGGUGUAUGCCUUGUAUGGUAUGGUGUAUGCCUUGUAUGGUAUGGUGUAUGCCUUGUAUGGUAUGGUGUAUGCCUUGUAUGGUAUGGUGUAUGCCUUGUAUGGUAUGGUGUAUGCCUUGUAUGGUAUAGUGUAUGCCUUGUAUGGUAUGGUGUAUGCCUUGUAUGGUAUGGUGUAUGCCUUGUAUGGUAUGGUGUAUGCCUUUGUAUGCCUUGUAUGGUAUGGUGUAUGCCUUGUAUGGUAUGGUGUAUGCCUUGUAUGGUAUGGUGUAUGCCUUGUAUGGUAUGGUGUAUGCCUUGUAUGGUAUGGUGUAUGCCUUGUAUGGUAUGGUGUAUGCCUUGUAUGGUAUGGUGUAUGCCUUGUAUGGUAUGGUGUAUGCCUUGUAUGGUAUGGUGUAUGCCUUGUAUGGUAUGGUGUAUGCCUUGUAUGGUAUGGUGUAUGCCUUGUAUGGAAUAGUGUAUGCCUUGUAUGGUAUGGUGUAUGCCUUGUAUGGAACAGUGUAUGCCUUGUAUGGUAUGGUGUAUGCCUUGUUGUAUGGUGUAUGUAUGUGUACAGUGUAUGGUAUGGUAGUGUUGUGUAUGGUAUGGUGUAUGCCUUGUAUGGAAUAGUGUAUGUCUUGUAUGGUAUGGUGUAUGCCUUGUAUGGAACAGUGUAUGUCUUGUAUGUAUGUGGAAUAGUGUAUGUCUUGUAUGGUAUGGUGUAUGCUCAGUAUGGAAUAGUGCAUGUCUUGUAUGGUAUGGUGUAUGCUCAGUAUGGAAUAGUGCAUGUCUUGUAUGGUAUGGUGUAUGCUCAGUAUGGAAUAGUGCAUGUCUUGUAUGGUAUGGUGUAUGCUCUGUAUGGAAUAGUGUAUGUCUUGUAUGGUAUGGUGUAUGCUCAGUAUGGAAUCAGUGUAUGUCUUGUAUGGUAUGGUGUAUGCCUUGUAUGGAACAGUGUAUGUCUUGUAUGGAACAGUGUAUGCCUUGUAUGGAACAGUGUAUGCCUUGUAUGGAACAGUGUAUGCCUUGUAUGGAACAGUGCAUGUCUUGUAUGGUAUGGUGUAUGCUCAGUAUGGAAUAGUGCAUGUCUUGUAUGA